GCGUGUACACGCAAACGGAGAGAGGGCAUACCGGACGAAGGAGAGCGUUUGGGACCAUGGUCUUGGCGUCAGCGCUUCGUGCGGGCCUUGCAAGGGAUGCGGCGUCGGUGGCCUCUCGCCGAGCGGCUGCUGCUGCCGUCGGCGGCGUGAGGCGCUUGGGCGCGGCCGCGGUGCAGGAGGAAGCCGCACCGCUCUACCCCGACGCCGUCCUCACGGCACCGGAGACACAGCAGGCUAAGCUGGGUAACGGCGUCCGGGUCGCCACGGAGGCCGGGGGCGGGCCCGUGGCCGCGCUGACGGUCAGCGUCGACCUGGGGUCCCGGUACGAGUCUCCGGAGAACAACGGCGUGUGCUCGGUGAUUGGUGCCUCCGCUUUCACGGGGAGCGAGCCGGCGAUCGCGGCGAUGGGGGGACACUUCACCCAGACCGUGGACAGGGAGGUGAUGACCUACAGCGCGACCGUGGCCGAGGCCGACGUGCCCAAGGCCAUGGCGGUGCUCGCCGACGCCGUCAAGGCGACGAGCCUGUCGGCAGAGUCGCUGCAGGCCUCCAAGGGAGCUGUCCUUGACGACAUCGAAGCGGCGCGUCGCGACCCCCGGUUGGGCCUGAUGGACCACCUCCACGACGCCGCCUUCCUCGACACGGCUAUGGGCAUGUCGCCCCUCGGGACUGCGGAGAGCGUCAGCGCCCUCGGCCUGGACGGGGCCAAGAACUUCUACGGCCGCGGCUUGGCCGGAUCGCGGGUGGUGGUCGCCGGCGCCGGAGCGGUCAAGCAGGGCUCUCUGACCGACAUGGCGCAGACCCUCCUCGGGGACGUGGCCGCCUCGUCAUCCUCGGCGGUAGACGAGGCCGUCGAGCCGGCCUACUUCCUCGGGUCGGACAAGCGCAUGCGCUACGACAGCAUGCCCAACGCCCACGUGGCCUUCGCCUUCAAGGCGCCCCCCGCCGGCUCGAAGCACUCCAUUUCCCUCAUGAUGGUGCAGGCAUUGCUCGGGUUCGAGUACAACGAGCGAACGGUCCUCGGCGUGAACGCCGCCUCCAAGUGGGCCCAGGAGAUCGCCGAGCUCAACCUUGCCGCUGUGGCGACGCCCUUCUACAAGGGCUACAAGGACGCGGGGCUCCUGGGAGUCUCGUGCAUCGCUUCGGACAACCACCUGGACGACUUCAUGUGGUACACGCUGCACAACCUGCUGCACAUCGUCCACAAGGUGACGGACGCGGAAGUGGACGCGGCGAAGACUCUCCUCAAGAACCACAUCUACCAGCAGAACUCCGGGUGUGGAGACGCGGCAGGCAUCAUCGCCGGAGACGUGAGGCAAUUCGGCCGCCGGGUGCCGUACGCCGAGAUGGUGGCGCGCAUCGACGCCAUCACCACCAAGGAGAUCAAGGCGUCCGCAGACGAGAUCAUCAACGACCAGGACCACGCGCUGGCGGCGGUGGGCCCCAUCCACGAGCUCCCGGACUACAACUGGAUCCGCCGUCGGUCUUUCUGGCUCAGGUACUAGACAACAGGAUACUUCGCCCCACCGCGUUCGGGAGGCCAGCUCGGUACCUCCAGUUGCUAGAGCGGCAACCCAGUCCGAGGAAAGGGGGGCGGACAUGCCACUCUAGGGGGACCAUUUAUUUGGCGGGAUCGGGGGAGACGGGGCGGGGGGUACACUGGUCCUUUGUCCUUACAAGGCGCGGCUAAAGUUUCGACAGCUGCCCGGGCGAUGGCGGGAACGGGUAGUGCAAUGAUAAGAGUAACGCUGUUUUUCAAGCAGUUAUUUACCCUAGAUAGAGCGGAGUUUUCAAGAACCCCCUUCAGGAUGGUUGCGCGCCCUGUUGUGCCGGCAUCGUACACUUAUCCAGUCUCGCUUCCAUUUGGGCCGGGCGGCGCUUGCGCGCUGGGGAGGAAAAACACAAUUUAUGUUGAGACUGUCUCGUUUAUGCGUGUAAGCACGCAAAUCGGUCCACGCGAAUGAGUGCAUUGCUUUACAUGCGUCACACGGUUGGACUUAAGAGUGACGUCCUUCGGUAUUCCUGUUCGGUUUUUCCGAAAAGUUCAGCGGCGGGUUUGGCAUCGUUUUCUAUAUCGAGAACACGCAUGUUCAUUUUUUGAACAACUACAACUUGGGGUACCUGCGCGUCUGCUCAAAAUGCUGAUUCCGCCCGAAAGUUCACUCAGCGGCCUCGUUGCUAGAUGUGCAAAAAAAAAAUGUAGCGGUUCAUCCCGUAGACUGGCAACAAGACUAACCC